AUGAAAAGGGUUUUAGCUACACAAUCACAUGUUGUGUAUGGCUACGUUGGUAACAAAGCUGCUACUUUUCCUCUACAAUGUUUGGGUUGGGAUGUAGAUUGUUGCAAUAGUGUUCAGUUUUCUAAUCAUACUGGAUACGGCAUAGAUAAAGUAUUUGGGAAUGUCACAUCAGAGAAAGCUUUGGAUGAUCUAUUGAGGGGUGUAUUUAUUAAUUUUCCCAAUAGCUAUUCUGCUUUCCUAACUGGUUACCUACCAAAUAAAGGAACGGUGAGAACUAUGGGUAAAUAUUACAAGAAAUUUAAGAUAGAGAAUCCGAAUUCUUUAUGGGUAAUGGAUCCAGUUAUGGGUGAUGAAGGUCAAUUAUAUGUGAAUGAAGAUGUAAUCCCAGAGUACAAAGAAUUGAUAUUUAAUCCAGAUAAACUUGUUGAUGUAAUAACGCCGAACCAAUAUGAAUUAGAAAUAUUAUAUGAUAAAAAAAUAAAUACUUUUGAGGAAUUAAAAACAGCGUUUCAAUCCUUGCAUGCUACGAUUCCGAUUAUUGUUGUCACAUCAUGCUAUUCCACUUUAUUCAAUGAUCCAAAUCAUAUUUACACAGUUGCAUCAAUUAAAGGACAGGAACCGGUGAUUCUACGUGUCCCAUUGAUAGAAUCUUAUUUCACCGGUGUUGGUGAUUUAUUUUCUGCAUUAUUACUAGAUAGAUUAUAUGAAUACAAGAAAGAUAUCAUAAAAGGUAUUCGCGAUGAUCCACGUAACUUAUUCGAAGAGAAAAUGAACGAAGUUCUAAACGUAAUUCAAAAUGUUCUACUGAUAACCAAAAAAUAUGCACCAAAUUCUUUAAAAUCAGUAAUUGGUGAUGCAACUAAAAUGAAAGAUAUGGAAUUGAAGAUUAUUCAAUCUAAAAAUGUCUAUGAUAUACAAAUGAAGGACAGAGAUGCCAGAAAAGAUCUUCAUAUUCACAAUUUCAUAUUCAAUGCUUUGUAA